UUUAAUACAGGGAUUUGCUCACCAAGUAUAAAAAUUAAACACUGGAAGAUACGUACCUAAAAAGCAAGGUGGAAGUAGUGCACUGUACCAGCUACAUAAACCACUAACUACAUAAAAAAUACUGCUGUUUCCACUACUUACUAGUACUAGUACAUGCUUUCACUACCACAACUACUGUUCCUUCUGCUCUGUUAUAGUCUGUGUCUGUACAUGUACUGCCAUUACUGUUAUUACUACUACUACUAUUCCUGUCACUGUUACAACUGCUGCUGCUGAGAGGGAUCAAUAACAUUUUUUCUCCUGCUGUGAAACCUCUUGAUUUCAGACAGACCGGUGUCGCCCCCUGCUGGCUGCUGUGAAAACAGCACACAGGUCAGAGCGAUGACGUCACAACAAAGUCACCUGCUAAGGUCCGCUCAUCAGCUAUACGUCCACGCUUCAUCCUACAGAUGAGAGUAAACACUCACAUCUGGGCUGCAGCUCGCGUCUGAUAUCUUUUGCACCUGCUGCCGGGCUGCACGCUGACGACCGACAGCAGGUAAAACAGACGCAAACACGGGAGCAACCGCUGAUAGCUGUGGAGCCAUGAAGGAGUUCCUGUUCCUCCUCCUGGUGGUCACUGAGGCGUCCUCCAGGUUGAACAGCAGCGGGUGUGAGCUGGCCUGCGAAUGUCAAAGGAGUCUGAAGUUCACCAUCUGCUCCAAGGCGCUUUUCACCCAGCUGCCCGACAGAGUCCCGCCCGCCACUGAGCUCCUCGACCUGUCCGACAACCGCAUCUCUGUCAUCCCUGAACGCUCCUUCAGCAAAAACCGCAAGCUGCGAGUCCUGCUGCUGCAGAACAACAACAUCAGCGUGGUGGAGGACGGCGGCUUCUCUCAGCUGGAGUUCCUGCACAAACUGGACCUGAGCUGGAACCGGAUCUCCACCCUGACUGAAGGCUUCUCCAUCGGCCUGGCCUUCCUGCAGGAGCUGCAGCUCGCCCACAACCGCCUUACGAGCCUGGACAGCCGGAGCUUCCUGCACCUGGACAGCCUCCAGAGGUUAAACCUGACCGGCAACAACAUCCACACCGUCCAGGUGAGGUCGUUCUCCCCGAUGAGCAAACUGCGGCAGCUCCACCUGGAGGACAACCAGCUGACGUCUCUGAGGAGCGGGAUCUUCUCCAUGCUGCGCUCUCUGGAGGUCCUCAACCUGGCAGGAAACCAGAUCAACGAGACAGAGACGGGCGUCUUCAAGCCCCUCGCCAGCAUGACGUUCCUCAACCUGGCCAACAACCAGCUGUCCACCAUCUACUUCAAGACGUUCCUCGACAUCAACGACUACAGCACCCACAUCCUGCUGGAGGGGAACCCCUGGAACUGCGACUGCGAUCUGCAGAGAGUUUUCCUGAAGCUGCGGAGCAUCCAGAGGCUCUUCCUGGACGACUACUACAACCUGACCUGCAAGGCGCCACCGGUCCUCGAGGACUACCGGCUGAUGGACGUGGACACGGAGCUGUGCCUCGCCGAGACGGUCACAGUGCUCAUCAUCACCGUCACUGUGGUGAUAACCGUGCUGGCCACAGUGCUGAUGGGCGAGAGGCAGAGGAAGAAGAGGAAGAUCGGGAAGCACUGGACGCAGCAGGGAGAUUUUUCAGACGAGUCGGACUACUGAAACAAAUCUUUCUUUCUUCUGCCUCUGUCUGAAAUUGAUCAGUUUCAUUCUGUCGUCUCUUCACGGUCUUUAUUUAUUUCCUGGCUCAGGAAGCGAAGAUUAGAUUACAGCUGUUGCCUCAACAUCGUUGCUUAAAUCCCACAUGAACACCUGGGAAGAGGUUUCAGAUUCUGCAGUUCAUGUUGCCAAGGAUUUCCCGUCUGCUUCACACCAAAACGCCUCAACGAGCUUUUAAAAUAAACACUUAAACCUGAACUCAGAUAUUAGUAAAAGUUUCCCAUGUCAUAUGUUUGAAUGGUGAAUAUAACUUUUUUCUGUGAAUGGACGUGUGUUAAUGCUCCUGAUGUGACUGCAAACAUUAAAUGGGAUGUUGUGUCAUUUUA